AUGCCGCGUCCCCGGGCCUGGGCGGCUUUCGGAGCCCUCGCCGGGUUAUUAACGGUCGCCACCGCCACCGCCGAACCCGAUUUCGAAGAUGACAGAAGACCGCUACUCCAGCGCACCGAGCCCGUUAAUAUCACUUUGGAUGUCGGAUCGACAGACACAGGCAUUGGUGUCGAAGGUAGCGUUGAGGUGGGUGGGAUUGUGGGAAUAGAUCUGUCGCUUGGCUUGCCGUACAUCUGUAAAGCGUGCGACAAGCUCUGCGGCGGUGGGGGUCACGGCGGCCAUCCUCCACAGGUUUCUACCACAACAACGACGGUCUCUCAAAUAGUUACGUACACCGUAACUACAACUGAGUAUGCCGCCUCAGUAGUGCCGACAACCGUCCAUGACACCGUCACUGUUGGAAGCGAUCGCUACUCUACAGUCGAAGUCACCAAGUCGGUGCCAUAUACCGUCACGUCUUACAAGAGCUGUAUACCUUCUGCCACGGCCUAUGCCUACUAUCUCGCUGAAAUCAGUGAAUUUACUGUCGAAGACGAUGAGUACUGCCGUACGGUAACAGAGACCCUCCACAAUACCGUGACGAACACGCAGACCGUCGUGGACUCGAAGACGGCGACGGCGACGGUCGUGGUUCCUACCACCGAGUUUUGGUCGACGACUGAGUAUUCUACCCUGACGAUUACGACCAGCAUCCCGUAUACCGUAGUGGAUUCGACUACGCUUUACUCGACCCUCACCACGACAGAGGUUCUUACUCAAGUCUCCUCUUAUCCCGUCACGGUGGAAAAGCCGACUACUAUCGUAGAGCCGACGACGGUUCUGGUACCUACCACUGAUUAUUGGUCGACGACUGAGUAUUCCACCAAGACCAUCACGACGAGCAUCCCUUACACUGUAGUAGACUCGACGACUUUGUACUCGACCAUCACCACCACGGAGGUUCUUACCGAAGUUUCGUCUUAUCCUGUCACGGUGAAAGAGCCCACAUCGAUUUUCAUACCUACUACCCAGUAUUCGACCGAGACCAUCACCACGAGUAUCCCUUACAUCGUGGUGGACUCUACCACUCUAUACUCGACCAUCACAACGGAGAGAAUUGUGGUCGAGGUCUCAUCUUACCCCGUUACCGUGGAGAGAUCCGUCACGGUCGACAAGCCCACGACUGUCGAGGUCCCCACAACAUUCUUCGUGCCUACCACUGUUAUCGAGACGCUCACUAUCCCGACCUCAUACCCCGUCACCAUAACCAUUGGAGAAACCGUCAUCACGACUGUCAUUACCACGGAGCUCUCCACAGUCGUCACCACGGUUAUUUCCUCUGUCCCCGUUACCGUCACUCAACCGGGCCCGCCAGGACCGACGGUGACCGUCCCUGGCCCAACAGUCACUCUCCCCGGAGCCGGGCCCACCACGCUGACCAUCACCGAAGCAUCAGUUUGUCCGGCCCCGACUAACCUAGCGAGCCCCGGCAGUCCUCCACCCGCCGAACUCGACCGCCACUCGGAUCUCACCUGGGGCUGUCGACCAGGUUACAUCUGCAGCCCGCCCAAGCCCGGUGGCUGUAACCUCUGGGCUGACUCCCCAGCAGACAACUUCGUCUGCGAGCCUCAAUACUGUAUCCCCGCCCCGCCCGUCAACAAGGUGCAUUGGCCCGAGAACGACACGGACUGGUACCCGCCGACGGACGGAUACUUCAACCUCGACCCCCGAGCCUUCGGUCUCUCCUUUGACAUCUUCGAGCCCCCCGAGGUCAUCGUCACCAAGAUCCACGGCAAGAAGACCACCAUAACCACGGGCAACUACGAGUCCCAAUCCACCAUCACGCACUACCCGCCCCCGCAAGAGACUUCCCCACCCACAUCUUACUCUAAAGAGCACCCGCACUAUAUCCGCCGAAGCCUCGUCAAGCGCGACGGCACCAUUUAUCCCGAAGUCUGCUUCGCCGACUGCAACAACGCCUACCUAGAAUCCACUAAGACGGGCAAAACAGACGCUCUCUGUAGGCAAGGAUCGCAAUUCCGCCUCGAGCUAGCCACCUGCAACGCUUGCGUCGAGGACAACUCCGGCGGCGUGAAGGACUCGGGCCGCACGUACUUGGACGACAAGUUUAAGCAGUUUAUCAAUUACUGCGAGGGCGACGCCGGCACGCCGAUUCAGUCGAGUAGUCCCGCCGGGCCGGAGCCGAUUGUUACGGGGUCGCAGCCGGAUGUUGAUACGAGGACGCAGGAUCAGAUUAACACGAAUACUGCCCCUGUGCCUAUCACGCCUAGCUCGGGUGGUGGCGGUGCGAGCCCGAGCCCGAGCCAAGGUGGUGGAAGUGAAGCUGGGCCUGCGCCUACUGCCACGUCGGGAAGUGAGGUUACGGGUGUUACGACCGCUGAUGCUAUAUCUCCUGGUGAAUCGGGGGCCACUUCUGCCCCGGGCGAACCCUCCGGCAGUGCUGAGCCUAGCGCUGGCACCGGCACCACUGUCAGUACGAGAACCGGCACGGAUGGUGUCGGCGGCACAGCAACCCCGCCCACAGUGACUCAAGCGCUGGGAGUUUCACUCGUGCCUGGGCUCGUCUCGUUCAUCUUGCCCGUCAUUAGCGGACUCAUCUUCUUCUUUGUUUAG